AUGGACUAUUGCUAUGAAAAGUUGGAGAGUCUCUUCCUGUCCCCCCAAGGGCUCUACCAGUCUACGUCCUCGACUGAUGAUGAAAAUGCCAGCAGGGAUCCUGUCUUCAACCCUGAACUGGUCAUUGCCCACUGCUUCAAGCAGUUCAAGCAGAAGGACUUCCACCUGCCUCAAAGCCGCCGGCGGAUCAUCAUCUCGCCUCAAAAGGAUGAUCCAACCCCUGUCAAUCCAACAUUGCAGCCCCAGGCUCUCCCACAACUCAUCCCCAACUUCAAAGCCCUGGAAGCCGGGGACAUCCAAGAGCCACCAGAAGAUUCGAGAACCUGGCUGAGCCGGAGGUUGAAGUUUCGGCAGGAACUGGAGUCAAUUGGCAACAUAGACAGGUGGCUGCGGAACAAGUCCAGCCACACGCCUUCUGAGGCCAAGGUCUUACACAUGCUCCGCAAGGAGCAUGAGGACCAGUUGAUGGUCCACCUGACCACUACCAGAGCCACCAGUAAGAAAAACCUCCGACCCAUUCACCAACCAGUGCCCCAGCUCCAACUGCCCAAGCCCUCUGCCUUGUUGGCCUUAUACACUUACCUGCGCAGCCACAAGAUCAAGAUCCUGGAGCUAUUUAACAAGAUAGACUGUAGCAAGAACCACAGGAUCUCCAGGGAGAAGUUCAUUAUGGCUCUGAAGAUGGUUAGAGUCCCUUUGGGAAACCAGGAGAUAGAGGAUAUUGUGAUCUAUCUCAGUUCUCUGGGGAAGCACAACAGCAUCACCAUUGAUAGCCUGGUCAACACCUACAAGCAGUGGUCUUUGGCCCAGCAGAGAAGCAUGCUGCCAACCUCAAGGGAUUGUACGUCUUCCAUGAACAGAGUUUUCCCACAGAGUCUGUCCAAGACGCAGGUGAAUUUAGCCCCACAGCCUCCCAAGAUAGACCUGCUGACUGUGCCUGAGGUUGACACCCAGAUGGAGGCAAGGCCCUUGACCCUGGAAGAGAUGGAGGACGUUGGCAAGCAGUACCGCGAGAAGAAACGGCAGAGCAAGCUCGACAUCCCCUCCAUCCAGUACACGGAGAAGUGUCGCCUGGUGCGCAGUGGGAAUAAGCAUUUUGAUGACCAUUGCCUCCCAUCCACCAUCCGUGGGGAGAUGAACGAGGUCAUCGACAUGUUCCGCAGGAACACCUUUCUGGUCUACCUGCAGUGCCAGAAGCUCUGUGAGUACCAUGGCCUCCCGCUGACAGAGGACAUCCUUAUAAAAGCCCUGCUGUACCCGGGGGACAAGAUCAUUUUCCAGAAAAACAAGGUGCGCCCAAUCCGGCAGCCAGGAGGCUACUACUCGGACUUUGUCUUCAGCCCAACUCCAGCCCAGCUCAGGUCCCUGGGCUUCAAAGGGCCUGAGGAUAAGAAGACUGACAAGCUGACUCCAGAAGCUGGGGUGCUGACAGGCUUGAUGGUCAGUCCCAGUGUCACCCCUGGCACGUGGCUGAGAAAACGGCAAAAGAAAAUACACUUUAAGGAGUUUGAAGAAUUCACCAGGAAGCUGAAGGUGAAGAGGCCUGAUGGUCCACAGAAAACUCACCCCAAUUUCUUCUGGCCGGGUCACCUCCUGGACAAGCUGCAGCUCUACCUGCCCACUGUGACUGUGGACCGGAGCCUGGCAAUAUUCAGUUGUGUCCAACAGCUGCCUCAUGUUUACUCAGCCACUUACCACUCCAACCACUGGUGGCCCAUUAGGAACAGGAACUAUAUGACCUGUGCCUAUUACGAUGGCCCCAAGGUCUACUACAUUAACUAG